GGUCUCGCCCCCAGCCGAGCAGUUCUCAAUGAUGUCAGCCAAUGUUAUAUGUCCAUCCGAAAGCAAUCCUAUUUGAAGUCUGCAGGAUUUUCUUCUUAAUUGGCGCACAGUUGCAGCCUAAGGAUUUUCAUUUGGCUAUAUUGAAUCUACAGUGCAGAUAAGCCAGGAUGCCAGAAAAUCCAAUUGCAGAUAAGCAGCAGAUCCUGAGGAUUCUGGAGCGUCUACUAAUGAAACUUCAUGAGAAAGGAGAUACCUCGCAGAGUGAUAAUCUGGUUUUUCUAUGCAAUACUCUUAAGAACCCUUUAUUCAACCACAUGCUGACUCUUCAGCAGUCAAUAAAGCAGCUGAAAGAACAACUUAGGUAUAUGCCUCCAGAUCGUUCAGUGGAUUUUGAUUUUACUAGGCGAGGGUUGCUGGUAUUUGAUGCUGACCCACAUCCUGUUGUUAAUGGAAACAUCCAGAAUGAUAAGCAAAUGGCUCCACUAAUUUCCAGAUUUGAAAUGGACGAAUUUAAUUUGAUAAUCCAAAAAAUGGCAAAGGGCAGGCAAAUUGAGUAUAUAGAUAUAGAGAAACCAUUUAAUGGGGGCCUUGGAUUUAGUGUGAUUGCUCUUAAAAACCAAAGCUUUGAGGAAGUUGGUAUCUUUGUGAAAGAAGUACAGCCAGGAAGCAUAGCAGCCAGGGAUCAAAGGUUAAAGGAAAAUGAUCAGAUAUUGGCUGUAAAUCAUACACCGUUGGACCUGAACAUUUCUCAUCAACAGGCAAUCCUAUUGCUCCAACAGUCCACAGGCUCUUUACAUUUGGUUGUGGCCAGGGAGCCCACCCAGAGCAGCAGUAGGAACUCCUCUGCUGUGAGUGAGGCUAAUGAACCUGAAAUGGUCAAUUGGGGCCACACUGAGGAAGUUGAACUGAUUAAUGAUGGCUCAGGAUUAGGUUUUGGAAUUGUAGGAAGAAAAUCAAGUGGUGUGGUGGUACGGACUAUUGUUCCUGGUGGACUAGCAGACAGGGAUGGCAGACUUAGAACUGAUGAUCACAUCUUAGAAAUUGGGGGUAUCAAUGUACAAGGGAUGAGUAGCGAGCAGGUGGCUCAAGUGUUGAGAAACUGCGGAAACCAUGUCAGGAUGGUAGUUGCAAGAUCUCCUUUGUGUGAAAUAUCUACAACCCCACCAACUCCUGUAGCUGAUCCUGUGGGUGAAUUAGCUGCUAUUCAGGACAGAGAAGCUGACACAGAAAAUGAAAUUCAUGAAGUUAAGUUGACUAAAAAAGAUGGACAGAGCCUUGGUAUAACAAUUAUUGGAUAUUCUGGAGUUUCCAAUACAGGGGAAGCUUCAGGGAUUUUCAUAAAAAACAUAAUACCUGGCAGUGCUGCGGAGCAAAAUGGGCAGAUAAAAGUGAAAGACAAAAUUAUUGCAGUUAACAGAAUUAAUAUCCAGAAUUAUACCAACCAAGAAGUUGUGGAAGCAUUACGCAAGACAGGACCAGUUGUUCAUCUGACAUUACUUCGAAAGAAACCACAUUAUGUAGAAAGAGAGUUGGAUAGAGGGCUCAACUUGACUGGUGUAGAAACCGAUAGUGAAAAUGAGGAACCUCAAGAGCAAAAAGACAACACUGAAAAUGAAAGGAAUCAAAAGCAACAUGAAAUUGGGAACACCUCAGACUUAUCAGAAAAUAAGCCAACAUCCAAAUGGGAAACACUGCUGGGACCAGAUUAUGAAGUUAUGGUUGUCACAAUAGAUACACCAAUUGCAGAUGAUGCCGAACUACAAAAAUAUUCAAAGCUGCUGCCUAUUCACACAUUAAGGCUCGGAGUUGAACUGGAUACUUUUGAAGGACAUCAUUACAUCUCUUCCAUUGCUACAGAUGGCCCAAUUGCUAAACUUGGCUUACUGCAACUAGAGGAUGAACUUUUAGAGGUAAAUGGUGUCCAGCUCUAUGGGAAAUCCCGCCGUGAAGCUGUUUCUUUUCUGAAAGAAGUUCCUCCUCCAUUUACCUUGAUUUGUUGCCGGCGUUUGUUUGAUGAUGACGCAGAAUCUUUUGUGGAUGAGCCCACAGCCGCCAUUGAUCAUUCUCUAGAACCAAAGGUGAAACUUGAAAAUCCAGAGGAAAAGCAGGAAGAUGAAGAUGUGGACCUAGCAGAAGAUGAAGAUGUGGAACUAGCACUAUGGUCUUCUGAAGUCCAAGGCAUUGUCCUUGUCAAAGAUACAAAAAUAGGUUUAGGAUUCAGCAUUUUAGACUAUCAGGAUCCCUUAGAUCCAACAAAGACUGCAUUUGUGAUCAGUUCCCUUGUGCCAUGUGGAGUGGCUGAACGUGGUGGUGAGCUCUUCCCUGGUGACCGCUUAGUCUCUGUGAAUGAUGUAUAUUUGCAUAAUAUUAGUCUAAAAGAAGCUGUAGAAGUUCUAAAAUCUGUACCACCUGGUGAAGUUCAUCUUGGAAUCUGCAAACCUUUGGGGGGUGAAAAUAAACAUAAUGGGACUUCUUAUGUGGAACCCGAGAGAUUUAACAGAAGUUCAGUAUCUCAGGAAUCAAUCAAUAAUAUUGAGCCAUCAAUCCUCCUUGCAGUUCCAAAGGACUUCAGAAAUGAAUCUGAAGAAGAAUUUGUUGAUGAGCCCGUCUUGGAAGAGCUUGCUGAUGAGCCAAACCUGGAUUUGGGGAGACAGUUUCAACUUAUGCAGAGCGAAACAGAAGUUGAUAAGGAAUCCUGGGAAAUGCAUGAGAUUCUGAAGCACAUGGAAGAAUGUCUUGGUGAAGAACGAGAGAUGUUAGUGGAUGAAGUGUAUGAUAUGGAUCAGGAUUAUGAAAGGUGUCCAUCAGCAGAUAUAAGGGAAAUAUCUUCCUCUCCUGUGGUGGACUUUGAAACUGCAGGACAGUGGGCUGAAGAAUUAGACUGUGCUAAAAUGGUGGAACCGAAUCCUGCAAACAAUCUUAAUACUGAAGAGAAUGAAGAAAAGAGUACUAAUCAUUCACUAUUCCAUGGUGUUUCAGUGGAGUACAGCCAAGGAACUCCUAUGCUGGAUGGUAUUCCAAAGCAAGGUGACCCUAAAGAACAUCUAUACAUGGAUGUUGAUCGUGAGAGAUGCAAAAUGAAGAAUGAAGAUAUUGAUCCUUCCAGCUCCCAAGAUUCUGCCCUACGUAGAGUUGUGCUGUCUAGUGAAUUGCCUGAAAGAGAAGAAGGAGAAGGAGAAGAAACUCCAAUUUUCAGUCACUGGGGAUCACCCCAAAUAAUUGAAAUUUUUCGGGAGCCCCAGGUACCUCUCGGCAUCAGUAUUGUUGGUGGACAUACAGUUAUAAAACGCCUGAAGAAUGGAGAAGAGCUUAAAGGAAUAUUUAUCAGGCAGGUUUUGGAAGACAGCCCAGCAGGAAGAACAAAGGCUCUCAAAACAGGAGAUAAAUUACUUGAAGUAUCUGGAACAGACCUACAAAAUGCUACUCAUGAAGAAGCUGUGGAAGCUAUCAAAAAUGCAGGCAACCCCAUUGUUUUUGUCGUGCAAAGUCUGUCAACUCUUCCAAGGAUAAUUUCAGUAAUAAACCCUAAGAAAAAGGAAAGCGAAGAGGAUCAGGAUACAGAAGAAACCGAAAAGAAGAAAAGUGGGAUUCUACCACCCAUGAAAUUGCCACCACCUUACAAAGGAGCAAGAAAGUCCAGCUUGGGUGAUCCAGAAGAGGAAGAGGAUGAAGAGGAAGAAAAUGCUUUUACAGAGGAGAAAAUCAGACAAAGAUAUGCAGAACUGUCUGGAGAAUUGCACAUUAUUGAACUUGAAAAAGAUAAGAAUGGGCUUGGACUCAGCCUUGCAGGCAACAAGGAUAGGUCCCGCAUGAGCAUUUUUGUUGUGGGGAUUAGUCCGGAUGGCCCUGCAGGAAAAGAUGGAAGAAUGCAUAUUGGAGAUGAACUUUUAGAGAUAAAUAACCAGAUUUUAUAUGGGAGAAGUCACCAGAAUGCGUCUGCAAUAAUUAAGACGGCACCAUCAAAGGUCAAACUGGUAUUUAUACGCAGUGAAGAUGCAUUUAACCAGAUGGCUGUAGCUCCUUUUCCAUUACCCUCUUGCACUCAGUCUUCCAAUGAGGAUAUCAGCAGCAAAGCUGAAAAACAGGCAAUUGAAGACCAGCAAGUUAAGGCAGACCAGCCUCCAGAAAAUCUUCAAAACCAGUUAAAGCAAACAAAGUCUUCCACAGUGAACCCCAUCCCCAUCAAUUUACAUGAGAUUUCUUUGGCCCCCGAAUCAUCUUAUCCUCCAGAGACAGAAUUCAGCAACCAAAACAACUUUUCACCUCCUCCAGUAGAUCCAGCCAUGUGCCCAAUCAUUCCUGGCCAAGAAAUGACUAUUGAAAUAUCCAAAGGACGAUCAGGUCUGGGACUCAGCAUUGUAGGAGGAAAGGACACACCGCUUGAUGCCAUAGUCAUACAUGAAGUUUAUGAAGAAGGGGCAGCUGCAAGAGAUGGUCGACUUUGGGCUGGUGAUCAAAUUCUGGAAGUUAAUGGCAUAGACUUGAGAAACGCCAGUCAUGAAGAUGCUAUCACUGCCUUGAGGCAAACACCUCCGAAAGUGCAGCUUGUUGUCUAUAGAGAUGAAGCUCAUUAUAAAGAUGAAGAAAAUUUGGAGAUUUUCCAUGUAGAUUUACAACGGAAAAUGGGUCGAGGAUUAGGACUUAGCAUUGUAGGGAAAAGAAAUGGAAGUGGCGUGUUUAUCUCUGACAUUGUCAAAGGAGGAGCUGCUGAUCUCGAUGGAAGACUAAUUCAAGGAGAUCAGAUAUUAUCUGUCAAUGGUGAGGAUGUCAGACAUGCUUCUCAAGAGGUAGUAGCCACCAUUCUUAAGUGUGCCCAAGGACUUGUGCAGCUGGAGAUUGGACGACUGAGGGCGGGAUCUUUGUUAUCCUCAAGGAAGACAUCUCAAAACAGUCAGAUGAGCCAGCAUAAUGUCCAAAGCCACUUUCAUCCUACAUUUGCUCCAGUUAUCUCCACUUUGCAGAAUUUAGUCAGUACUAAGAGAUCAUCUGCCGAUCCUUCUCAGAGAAAUUCAGUUGGAGCAGACAUAAGCCCAAGAACUGUGGAAAUCACAAGGGGCCUGAACGAUGCUCUUGGUAUCAGUAUUGCUGGUGGCAAGGGAAGUCCCCUGGCAGAUAUUCCGAUCUUCAUUGCUAUGAUUCAAGCCAACGGAGUGGCAGCCCGCACGCAUAAACUACGAGUUGGUGAUAGGAUUGUCAGUAUUAAUGGGCAGCCUUUGGAUGGUCUGUCUCAUGCUGAGGUAGUAAAUCUGCUGAAGAAUGCCUAUGGGAGCAUCAUCCUGCAGGUGGUGGCUGAUACCAACAUCAGUGCCAUUGCCAGCCAGAUAGAGAAUAUGACUUCCAACACUAACUUUGCUCCACCCGCCGAGCAUCAUUCUGAAUACCCAGAAGCACCUCAACCUAAAAUCAUUGUGUUGGAGAAAGGCUCAGAUGGAUUGGGCUUUAGCAUCGUAGGAGGCUUUGGAAGUCCACAAGGAGACCUCCCUAUAUAUGUCAAGACCAUUUUUGCAAAGGGGGCAGCUGCAGAUGAUGGCAGACUGAAGCGUGGUGAUCAGAUUUUAGCUGUUAAUGGACAGUCUCUGGAAGGUGUGACUCAUGAGCAAGCUGUAGCUAUUCUGAAGCACCAAAAGGGGACAGUGACAUUAACAGUGUUGCCCUGAGCUUUGCUGCAAAUGCAGUUUGGGCUGGAUGCAAUUAUUUCUGAGCAUUGCUAGAGCUGCUAUAAAAUGAUCUACAGUCCCUGUCAGAUGACAACCCAACUCCAGCUAGAAUUAGCACAUAUUAUUAAGAAUGUUGCUAUGCAGCUAUGGCCAUUGUAGUGGUCCAUUAUGUCUUGUCAUUGAAGCUAUUUGUGAAAGCCUUAAUCCUACAUCUCACCCAGCCUGGGUUCUCUUGAAUGGGCUUUUGAUUCCUUCCUUUGUCCAUAAUUAUUAUCUCUUAGUAGGAAAUGUAAUCAGGAAACUAAAAUUAGCAUACACUACAAGAAAGAAUGUGGCUGUUUGUUGGUUCCCAUCUAAUGAACAGAUAGAAAUACCAAUUGACUUUGCAUCUCGCUCUUGGUUUGAUUGUCAAACUUUUC